AUGGCUGAACUCGUUGUUGGCGCUGUCGUGACUGUGCUGAUUGAGAAGUUACUCGCUGGUGACUUUAUGAAGUUUGUUCAAUCUCAAGGAAUUGAUUCUCAAUUGAAAAAAUGGAAUAGAACUUUGCCCAUGAUCCAAGCUGUCCUUGCUGAUGCAGCCCAGAAGCAAAUUACACAAAAACUAGUUGAACUUUGGAUGGUUGAGCUCCAGGAUUUAGUUUACGACAUUGAAGAUGUGCUUGAUGACAUCGCCACUGAAGCUAUCAAGCGAAAUUUGAAAGAGUCGGAUGGAAGCACAAUUAGCAGUAAGGCACGGAAGAUGAUCCCAACUUGUUGUACCAGCUACACUCCUUGUAACAUCAUGUAUGGUCGUAAGAUGAGCUCCAAGCUAGAUGAGCUUACCACUAGAUUGCAAGAUCUUUUUGAGCUGAGUGUGAGUCUGGGUUUAAAUAAGAAUGGUGAAACAUCAUCUAGAACAAAGAAACGAUUAGAGGAAACUUCACUGCUGCCUCAUUUGUCGGAUCCAUUGGGUCGGCAAGGGGACAAAAAGGCAUUGCUGGGAAAGUUGUUGGGGGGUGAAGGAGGAGCAUCCGGUAAUCAAAAUGUGACGAGCAUUGUGUCAAUAGUUGGUAUGGGUGGGAUUGGAAAAACAACUCUUGCAAGACUUUUGUAUAAUGACCAGGAGGUGAAGGAUCACUUUGAACUCAGAGCAUGGGUUUGUAUUUCUGAUGAUUUUGAUGUAUUCAGUAUUAGCAAGCAAAUUUAUCAAGCUCUAUUCGGGGUGGACAAAACAUUUACUAAUCUAGAUCUACUUCAUACAGAUCUGGCAAAAGAACUAUCAGAGAAAAGGUUCCUACUAGUUCUAGAUGAUGUCUGGAACGAAGACCACGAGAAGUGGGAAGCCCUCAAAAAGCCACUUGUAGGGAAACCCGGAAGUAAAGUUAUUGUGACAACCCGAAAUACCACGGUUGCAUCCGUGAUGAACUCGGUUCAACCUCACAAUCUGGAGGUUUUGUCAGAUGAGACCGCUUUGUCUUUGUUUGCUCAGUAUGCACUUGAAGAACAUAACUUUGACAAACAUCCAUCGCUUUCAAUGAUUGCUCAAGCUAUCGUUGAGAAGUGUGGCGGUUUGCCUUUGGCUUUGGUAACAAUUGGGAGGGUCUUGAAGACAAUGGGAAAUGAUAAGGUUGAAUGGGAGGCGCUGUUGAACAGCGAGAUAUGGAGUUCAGAGGAUGAAAGUGGUAUUCUUCCGGCACUAAAGUUGAGCUACUAUCAUCUCCCUUCACAUCUAAAGCAACUCUUUGCAUAUUGCUCCUUGUAUCCAAAGGACCACCUUUUUGAUAAGAACGAACUUAUCCUAAAGUGGAUGGCACAAGGGUUUCUGUCCCAACCAAGGCACAAGAAUCAACCAUUGGAGUGUUUGGGUCGUAAGUAUUUUCAAGAGCUGUUGUCAAGGUCUUUUUUUCAGCCUUCAACUGUUGACAAAUCAAGAUACACAAUGCAUGACUUGAUGAAUGACUUGGCCAUAAGCGUUGCAGGAAAGUUUUACUAUAUGUUGGAUGAAAAGGUUGAUACAAAUGGUCAGAACGAAGAUUUUGAGAAAUUUCGUCACUUUUCAUUCACAGGAUAUACAAAGAUGGAGGAACUACAUACAACUAGAGGCCUGAGAACAUUGUUAUAUGUUGGUCAUGACACAAGACUUUAUGAUUUGGGCCAUUAUGCUUUCAAAUUACUUACUCGAUUUCGGUUCCUAAGGGUGUUGAGCUUAACUGAUGACUCAACCAUAGAGAUACCGAAAUCCAUAGGUAAUCUCAAGCAUUUAAGGUUCCUUAAUAUUUCUAAAACCCGCAUCCGAGAAAUACCAAAACAAGUCGGCAAACUUUAUAAUCUUCAAAGUUUGUUGGUUCGUGAUUGUCAUUAUCUAUCUAGCUUGCCAAGAAGUUUAGUAAUGCUGGAAAGCAUACUACACCUUGACAUAGCUGGUACUCCAUUGAUGAAGAACAUGCCCUUAGUGAUCGCUCGCUUGACGAGUCUCCACGCAUUACCUGGCGGGGUUUGUAUCCAAAGAGGUAAUGAGUUUAAAAUAUCACAGCUUAAGGGCUUGUCAAAUCUCCAAGGUGAACUUUCCAUCAAGGGGUUACACAAUGUGACAAAUCCAAUAGAAGCAAAUGAUGCAAACUUACAAGGAAAAAUAGGUCUUGAUGAUUUGGAUAUGGAAUGGAGUCAUGCCUUUGAUGCUUCCCGGAAUGCAACUGUUGAAUAUGAGGUACUUGAAAAGCUAAGCCCUCCCUCCAAGUUGAAAAAAUUGAGCAUUUCUUUCUAUGGGGGAAUGAAAUAUCCUAGUUGGCUUGGGGAUCCAACAUCAUUUGAUCAUUUAUCAGAACUUACUUUAAAAGGCUGGGAAAACUGCACAGAUUUAACGCUUGGGCAUUUAAGUUCACUUCGGAAGUUGUGUUUGAGUAGCAUGAAAGUGAUGCAGACCAUGUGUUUUAUGUUACCAUCUCUUGAAUCUUUGGAAGUUGAUGAUAUGGAAAGUCUGAAGAUAUGGUCGGGCAGUGCCGGUGACGAUGACCAGACUCCUCGAUCGUUUCCCAGGCUUCGUGUAAUUUCAAUUAAAAGGUGUCCAAAACUUGGUAAGGUAUCAUUUAGAUCGAUGUCGGCACUUGCAUCUUUGGAAGUUGAAGAUAUGGAAAGUCUGGAGAUAUGGUCAAUCGGCGUUGGUGAAGAUGACGAGACUCCUCAACCGUUAUCUAGUCAUUGUGUAAUCUCAUUUAGAAGGUGUCCGAAACUUGGUAAGGUAUCAUUUGGAUCGAUGCCAUCACUUGAAUCAUUGUUAGUUGAAGAUAUGGAAAGUCUGGAGAUAUGGUCGAUCGGCGCUGGUGAAGAUGACGAGACUCCUCAACCGUUGCCUAGUCGUUGUGUAAUCUCAUUUAGAAGGUGUCCGAAACUUGGUAAGGUAUCAUUUGGCUCCAUGCCGUCACUUAAGGAUUUAAUUGUAGAAGAAUGUCCUGAAGCAGCGUUCAGAGGCUUGGCUGGUGUAUCUUCAUCAAUCUGUACGUUGAGGUUGAAAAAAGUUACAGGGCUGACUCAACUGGACAGUGAAGUCUUGAAACAUCUUGGGGCAGUUGAAGAUAUAAGCAUCAAUGGUUGUCAGGAAUUGAGAUACAUGUCGGAAGCAUGCAUGUUUCUUGGGAGUUUACAAAAGUUGGAAGUAAUGAAGUGUUCAAAGUUGAAAUCAAUUAAUAAAAGUGAGAAAGAGGGGGUUAAUGUGGGGAGUGGCAUCAUGAAGGGAUCUCUUAGAGAAGUCAAGCUUUGGGGUUGUGAUGCACUGGAGAGUUACUGUUGUCCAACGAGUGUUGAGAGGCUGGAGAUAGAUGGUUGUAAGUCAAUGAUAUCAUUGAGCUUUUCUAUAUUGCUAGAGGACCUCCCAUCAUCAUCAUCAUCAUCAUCCUCCUCUCUGAAGUUUAUUAAGGUCAAAGAUUGCGAGAAUAUAAAGUCAAUAGCUUAUGAGCAUUUGCAAGGUUUUACAUCUUUGGAAGAGUUGCGGAUAUUUAACUGUCCAAACAUGGAGUAUUCAUUUCCAUCACGUGGGAUGUUGUGGCCUCCUAAUUUAAAGAUAUUAUCAUUAGGAUUUUUAAAGAAACCAAUGUCAAAGUGGGGGAUUCAAAAUUACCCACCCUCGCUUGUUCAGUUAUUGUUAUGUGGAGGUGGUGCAGUGGAUUCAUUUGGAAUAAUAAGGGAAGGUCACAAUGAUACGAUUAGCUCAUCAUGUUUUCUUCUUCCACCGUCUCUAACUUAUCUAGAAAUAUGGGGAUUUCCGGAAGUGAAAUCACUUUCAGAGGGAGCGAAGGGGAAAUGGGUUUGUUCGAUGCUAAAGCAAAGUUACCAUGUUUGCCGAUCUCCAACGCUGACAGUUGUUUUUGAAGAGGAGAAUCAGAAGAAACCGAACUGUCUGCUAUGA